AUGUGGUUUCUUCAUGCUGAUUUUUUGAGGAUGGUUCGUGACAGUUGGAAUGAACCUUUGGUGGGCUCUCCAACCUUUAUUUAUCCUCAAAAGUUAAAACGUCUCAAAGUGGCUAUGAAACUAUGGAAUAUGAAUGUGUUUGGUAAUGUUAAUGUGCGCUUAAAACAGGCUCAGUUUCGUCUUGAACAGGCUAUACGAGUUACUGAUGAGGACCUUACGGAUUUGCAUAAGUUGAAUUUGAUGAAGGAUGCUCAAGUUGAGGUCAAUGAAAUUCGAAUGCAAUAUGCCACUAUGUUGAAGCAAAAAUCCAGGAAUAAAUGGUUGGUGGAGGGGGCUAGCAAUACAAAUUUUUCCCAUAAUAGCAUUCGUAUGAGGCGUAGUAAUAAUACCAUCUCCGAAUUGGUUGAUUCUAAUGGGGUUACGAUAACGGAUUGUGACCAGAUUAGAGACCUUAUGGUUGGUUAUUUUGAGGACAAAUUUAAUGGUGAUGAGGCAGUUCCGGUGGACUCUCUUUUUGACAUUGAACAUGAUAUUCUUUCGGAUGAUGAGAGGAAUAGAAUGGAUCAAUUACCUAAUUUUGAAGAGAUAGAUGCAGCUGUUUUUGGUUUGGAUGCGGAUAGUGCUCCGGGUCCAGAUGGUUUCACUGGUUUUUUCUAUAGACAUUGUUGGGCGAUCAUUCAAGAGGAUUUGGUUGGGUUGAGAUCAAAUGGUAAUUGCGAAGCUACAGGAGUUGCAGUGAUGGUAGUUCUCAGAUGGUGUUGCUACUUCGAAUUGGAGGAAAAUGGGUUUAUGCUGAAAUGA